GACAUCAUUGAUAUUGUGAUCGGUGUGAACUGAGCGGACUGGGUGUGAAGCGCAGCGGAGAAUCAGCGAUUGUCAGGCUUUUCUAAAUGUCUCAUUUCUCUGAUUAAACUCUGAAAUGCAGUAAAGUCGAAGCGCCGCAGCGGGAGGGAGGAGCGGCAGCGCGGCGGCGGCAGCGCCUUCAGGUCACGCGUCUCUGAGGGAAUGAUCCAUCCCGGACUCCGUCAGCGCGCCGCUGUCCAUGGUCCUGACUGAGACGGAGCGACCACAGAGCCGAGAGGUGAAGCUCCGGAGCCAUGGAGCUGCGCGUUGGGAACAAAUAUCGCCUCGGCAGGAAGAUCGGGAGCGGCUCCUUUGGAGACAUCUACCUGGGCUCAAACAUCGCUACAGGAGAGGAAGUUGCCAUCAAGCUGGAAUGUGUGAAGACCAAACAUCCGCAGCUCCACAUUGAGAGCAAGUUCUACAAAAUGAUGCAGGGAGGAGUGGGAAUUCCCUCCAUCAAGUGGUGCGGCGCCGAGGGAGACUACAACGUCAUGGUGAUGGAGCUGCUGGGCCCCAGCUUGGAGGAUUUGUUUAACUUCUGCGCCCGUAAAUUCAGCCUGAAAACCGUCCUGCUGCUGGCCGAUCAGAUGAUCAGCCGGAUCGAAUACAUCCACUCCAAGAACUUCAUCCACAGAGACGUGAAACCCGACAACUUCCUGAUGGGCCUCGGGAAGAAGGGCAACCUGGUCUACAUCAUCGACUUCGGUCUGGCCAAGAAGUACCGGGACGCUCGAACGCACCAGCACAUCCCCUACCGCGAGAACAAGAACCUGACCGGGACGGCGCGAUACGCCUCCAUCAAUACCCACCUGGGCAUCGAGCAGUCGAGACGAGACGACCUGGAGUCUCUGGGUUACGUCCUCAUGUACUUCAACCUGGGUUCGCUGCCCUGGCAAGGACUCAAGGCUGCAACCAAGAGGCAGAAGUACGAACGCAUCAGUGAAAAGAAAAUGUCCACCCCUAUUGAGGCGCUCUGCAAGGGAUACCCCUCCGAGUUCUGUACCUACCUGAACUUUUGUCGCUCUCUGCGGUUCGACGACAAGCCCGACUACUCGUACCUGAGGCAGCUCUUCAGGAACCUUUUCCACAGGCAGGGCUUCUCCUACGACUACGUCUUCGACUGGAACAUGCUUAAAUUUGGUUCCAGCAGGACAGCAGAGGACGGGGAGCGAGAGAGGAGAGAAGGGAAGGAAGGGGAGGACCGAGGCGGCGCGGGUCAGAGAGGAGCCGGAGGCCGAGCCCUGCCUCCAGGUCCGAACCCUGGUGCCGCCAACCGAGUCCGGAACGAGCCAGAGACGGCUCCGUCCAACCAGGCGUCGCGUGGAGCCCAGCCGUCAGGCAACCGGUCGCCUCAGGCGGGCCGGGCUGAAAGAGAAAGGAAGGUGGCGAUGAGGCUCCACCGCGGCGCCCCCGCCAACGUCUCGUCCUCUGACCUCAAUGCACGUCUCGACCAAUCACGCAUCACUGCCUCACAGGUCAAUGUGCCGUUUGAACAUCUGGCAAAGUGACUUUCUGCUGUCAGGCUGCAGCAACCGAAGGGCGUCGAACCCCGACUUUCAAAUCCAAAUCGAACAAAUGAAGGCAUGAAUGGUGAGGGAGGCGGCGGGCGAGUGGGCGAGCGAGGACCCAGAGCGUCUGUCCGUGUUGCUGGUGGGAAACCAGUGGGAGACGAGAAACUCCAGCUGAACCAGUUUGGGCUUCGAUUCAGCGCCGGCAUCAGGAGCGGGGCGCUAAACUUCGCUUCUUUUCACUUUCACAUCAAUUUGCACAAAAAACAGAAUGAAAACAUCAAAGUGCACAAAAAGGACUAAAAGUGUAAUUUAUACGAGUCGCUGAUCAGAGACGAUGAAUUUGCUUUUGUCUGCAGCUUCUGCUGUUAUUUAUUCUGAUGUAAAGGUGAAGCCAGAUAUUUACAUACUCUAUAAAACCACACAACCUUUAAUUCUUAACACUCUGAGGGUCAUUUCCUGUUUUACUCCAGUUCAGCCUCAUCUUAUUUCUAUCAAAUUUAAGAGGAAGACAUUAAAAUGUCUCAUUUCAGGGACUUUAAUUAUUUAGUCAAUUUAAUCAAAAACUAGAAACAAAAUCUCAGUUCAAAGUUUCCUUAGAAAUGUGGAUUGUGGAUGCUAACAUUAGCCGUAGCUAAUGCUAACGUGUUUAGCAUUAUGAUGCUAUCUCAGGCUAGCAUAGCUUUUAACAACAGCAGCAUACAAACAGAUGGCAGCAGAAAUGAAGCAGAGGAGAAGCUUCACUCUUCUGUGUGCAUCAUAUUUACCAGAAACAUUUUUAGCUUCUUCCUCCCUUCCAGCCUGAUACACGACAUUUAAAUGGAGCUAUUUUCAAACAAUAGCUUUAGUUUUUGAUGCUGUUUUACGCCACACUGCAAAAACACAAAAUCUACCAAACAUCUUAAUCACCUGAAACCAGACAAAAAUAACUUGCAAUAAAUAAUUCCUUUCUACGAAUGAAAAGCUUCAGUUUCACUUGGCAAAUAUCAUAAACUUAGUUUAUGAAUGAUAAAAUUUGAAAAAAUUCUUUAAAAGUUGUUUAAAAUGCUGAUAUCUAUCAAACCGGGAUGAUUUAUGUUAUCCUUGCUGACCUAAAACAGGAACAGUUUGCUCUGAUUUAUUGUCAGAACCUUUUUACACAGAGGAUUUAUAUCUGGUUUCAACCUGCAGCCUGUUUGGGUCUCAGUCGGAGACGAUCAGAAGAAAAGAGCCAAUGAGAAAAUCUGCUUUUGGAACGUCUCCAUCUUUGUUCGUGUUCUUGUGUCAAGCUUCUGUUUCGCCUUCAGCUUUGCUUUAAGGACUCAGAGGAAAUGUCCGGACCAGGAGAGAAGUUGGCAUGAAGUUAAUGGAAUGUGAGAAGUGUACAGCAGUCGGAGUGUAGAGACGUCUCGGCAGAAUGUGACAGAAAACUUAUUUUUCUUUGAUAAACUUUUAGAGUCUGAGACAGAAGGAAAAACUGGCCUGUUUUCCCUUUUGCUGCUUCAGUUUUAUGAGUAUUGCUGUUUAUUUUCAGAUUCAAUAAAAAUAUUCGCAGCUUA